GCCCUCCGCUCGCCUGGUCCGGACCGGAAGCGGCGCCGCACGGCCUGGGCCUGGCGCGGGGGGCGGGUACCGGGGCCCGGGCGGACAUGGGCAAGAAGCACAAGAAGCACAAGUCGGACAAACACCUCUACGAAGAGUACGUAGAGAAGCCCCUGAAGUUGGUCCUCAAAGUGGGAGGCAGCGAGGUCACCGAACUCUCCACGGGCAGCUCGGGGCACGACUCAAGCCUCUUCGAAGACAAGAACGAUCAUGACAAACACAAGGACAGAAAGCGCAAAAAGAGAAAGAAAGGAGAGAAACAGGUUCCAGGGGAAGAAAAAGGGAGAAAACGGAGAAGAGUCAAGGAGGAUAAAAGGAAGCGAGAUCGAGACCGUGUAGAGAAUGACGCAGAAAACGACCUCCAACAUCAGGACCCUGUAAGACUAGACUUGCCUCCUGAGAAGCCUCUCACAAGUUCUUUAGCCAAACAAGAAGAAGUAGAACAGACACCCCUUCAAGAAGCUUUGAAUCAACUGAUGAGACAAUUGCAGAGAAAAGACCCAAGUGCUUUCUUUUCAUUUCCUGUGACUGAUUUUAUUGCUCCUGGCUACUCCAUGAUCAUUAAACACCCAAUGGAUUUUAGUACCAUGAAAGAAAAGAUCAAGAACAAUGACUACCAGUCCAUAGAAGAACUAAAGGAUAAUUUCAAACUAAUGUGUACUAAUGCCAUGAUUUACAACAAGCCAGAGACCAUUUAUUAUAAAGCUGCAAAGAAGCUAUUACACUCAGGGAUGAAAAUUCUUAGCCAGGAAAGAAUUCAGAGCCUGAAGCAGAGCAUAGAAUUCAUGACAGACUUGCAGAAAACUCAAAAGCAGAAAGAUCAGACAGAUACCUCGCAGAGUGGAGAGGACAGCAGCUGCUGGCCACGGGAGAAGGAAGACUCCGGGGAGGCUGAAGCCCAGGCCUUCAAAAGCCCCAACAAGGAAAACAGAAAGAAAGACAAAGAUACGAGUGAAGAUAAAUUCAAAAGCAAUAAUUUAGAAAGAGAGCAGGAGCAGAUUGACCGCAUCGUUAAGGAAUCUGGAGGAAAGCUGACCAGGCGGCUUGUUAAUAGUCAGUGUGAAUUUGAAAGAAGAAAGUCAGAUGGGACAACAACAUUGGGGCUUCUCCAUCCUGUGGAUCCUGUUAUAGGAGAUCCAGGCUACAGCCCUGUGAAACUGGGAAUGACCACUGGACGACUUCAGUCUGGAGUGAAUACUUUGCAGGGGUUCAAAGAGGAUAAAAGGAACAGAGUGACUCCAGUGUUAUACUUGAAUUAUGGACCCUACAGUUCAUACGCCCCACAUUAUGAUUCCACAUUUGCAAAUAUCAGCAAGGAUGACUCUGAUUUAAUCUACUCAGCCUAUGGGGAAGACCCUGAUCUUCCAAGCGAUUUCAGCAUCCAUGAGUUUUUGGCCACAUGUCAAGAUUAUCCAUAUGUUAUGGCAGAUAGUUUUUUGGAUGCUUUAACAAAAGGAGGGCAUUCUAGAGCCCUACAAGAGUUGGAGACGCCUGAAGAUGAAAGCCAGACUAGGACACUUGACACAACAAAAGACAUGGAGGUUACAGAAAUAGAGCCUGCUGGGCCUGUGGACUGCAGCAGCCAGGACAGGCUCACAGCACUGAAGGCGGUCACAAACUUUGGUGCUCCACUUGAAGUUUUUGACUCCGAAGAAGCCGAGGUGUUCCAGAGGAAACUUGACGAGACCACCAAAUUGCUUAGGGAGCUCCAGGAAGCCCAGAACGAACGUCUGAGCACCAGACCCCCUCCCAACACCAUCUGCCUCUUGGGUCCCUCGUACAGAGAAAUGCUUCUCGCUGAACAAGUGACCAAUAAUCUUAAAGAACUUGCACAGCAAGUUACUCCCGGUGACGUUGUCAGCACAUACGGAGUUCGAAAAGCACUGGGGAUUUCCAUGCCUUCUCCCAGCUUAGAAAACAGCUCUGUAGAUCUGACAGAAGGUAGGUGUCCCGUUUCUCGGGAAGUGGAACACGGUCGUGAGCAGAAGGAACAUGAGUCCUCUCCCCUCAGAUGACAGUGGGAAGGUUUAUCCUUGUGUGCUUUCUAUGUGUAAGCUGCUUCGCCUUUUCCUUCCAUCCUGCUGAAGAAUCAGUUUACCACCUUUGCGAUAGCAGCUACAGUGAUUCUCACGGUCUGUGGUUCACACACAGUUCUUCUGGGUGCUACCUUCACUUCCCUUUUUAACUAAAAGAAUAAAGUGGGAAGUCAGUCAGUGUGUCUUUUUCUUUCAGAUUUUGAAGACCCCAGCAAGGCUGAUCCUGCUGAAUGCGGACCUGAUGAGAUUUGAAGCUAGCUGGUAUUUGAUUAUAUAUAAUGUACAUAUUUUUUUUUGUUCUUAACUUUGGAAAUGCUUUUCAAGGAUGUUAAAUAUUUGUAAAUUGUGUUUUUAAUUAAACUUUGGAACAAUUCAUUCUGAUGUUCCAGAGAUUGGACUUCUGUUAAUAAAGCUGAGCCCAGGACUUUGAGUUACAGCAAGCAUGUCAGCGAAGUUAACCCUGUGACUGUCAUGAUAAAGAGUGAGAGCAGCUCAAAAAAUAAAAUCGCCUUUUUCGUAACCAUCAAUUAAGAAACAAAGAAUGUAGCUGAACGUAUCAGAGCUCAUCUUGAUGAUUCAGUAGUGGCCUCGUGAGGAAAGAAUGUGGCCUUGGGCUGUUGCCAUACCCAGCAGAAAGUGAGAGUCGGCCUGGGCCAAGUGCUUUCAGAGGAGUGACAAGCCUUUUGUUUCACUGGAUCGUAACUAAGGAACUUUUUAAUGUCCCUAUCCAGUGAGAUUUUUCCGUUGUCAUACCUUGAAGAACAAAGUAACAUACGUAACAUAAUUUUAGAAUUUACUACCAUGGCUCAGCACCCGCCCCCCCCCGCCCCCGGCAAGUACCUGACGGGAACGGUGUGCUUGUGUAGGUGCUCAGACCCAGUUUCAUGGCUUUAACUUGUCUGUCUGUUGUUGGUUUUUUGAGGGUUUUUCUCUCCCCCUUUCUUGAGAGGGUUGUUGGAACUAUAGCAAAGGGAUGAAGUAAAACAUCCUUGAGCAGGACAAUUACUGAGCUUCAAGGAGCGCUUAUGUUUCAGUAUACUGUUUCUCAAAGGUCACCUGUGUCUGAGCCCUGCCCAGCAAUUUAUUUAAGCAGGAGACAUGUGGUCCCCUUCCAUAACAGGACCGUGAACUGAAUGGUGAUUUUUCUGAGUCUGGUUCAGUAUAUAACCUGUUUAGUCUAAGAUAAAAAGCGAGGAUAAAAGGAUGUAUGCAGCCCAGAACAGUAAGCAUGUUAAGUGCAGAUCCUGCCAGGGUUGUGCAGAGCCCGUCUGGAAAACAGCAGGAACCUCUUUCAUUGUCAUUGUCUCUCAAUGUGACUGUUUUGGAUUUGAAAAUUAACAUUUAGCAAGAACAAACAGAGUGAAGGAAAAUUGAUUCUCUCAAGAGAGUUAAAGAUGACCUAAUAAUCUUUUUAAAAGCCUGUGCCAAAAGAAUUUUAAAAAUAAGCUCAAAUAGUCUAGUUUUAAUCUAACAUAUAAUUCAUGCAGUAAUUGACUCUUUAGAUCUACUUAGUUACUUAAAAUUUCCUGAAAAAGAGGCCCAGCCAACUGCCAUGUGUCUCCAUUAUGUCAGCAGGAGAGACUUGACUUCCCAGGAGGGCAGCCCUGGUCCCCCUGGGUUUUCAGAGCAGAGAUUUCAGUACAAUACACCAGGAAAAAGUGACCAUUCCAGCACUUCAGGGCACUCAGGUUUUCAGCGUUGCUGAUUGAGGAAAAGCAGCUAACCAGAGCUGUCGGUUCAGCUUAGAAAUACUAGUGCUUUUCAUAAAAAUGAAAAAACCUUUUGAAACAAAUGUUACAAAUAAGGAUUUACGACAGCAAGCCCUCGUUAUUUGCAUCUACCUUCUCAAAGCACAUCUGUGUGCGCUGACUGACUACAGACACGAUGUGUCCGGCGGUUAAUACCAGGGAUCCAGGCCUUAUUUUCCCUGGAGUCGGUGAGGCCACCUUAGUAGAUGCUUUAAGCGAGCCCUUGGCCCAUAGAGAAGUCAGUGUUAGGAAGGCAUUUGUUUCUGUCAUAAACAAAAUGAGGCCUAGGAAGAUGAGAAAACAGAUUUAUAAAAAUAACUGCAUGUGACUUGUGUCAGUUAUACGCUGUGACCUAAACACUGAAAAGUAAAGCUUACCAAAUAUUCUUACGUGAGCCCAGUGGUUUAACUGGAAAGAGAAAUAAAUACAUGACAGGUAACCAGUUGGGGGCUCCUGUUGGUGGAGGAACAAAGUGACCUGAAUGUUGCAGGAGCAGAAAGAGGCCCAGCCAACUGCCAUGUGUCUCCAUCAUGUCAGCAGGAGAGACUUGACUUCCCAGGAGGGCAGCCCUGGUCCCCCUGGGUUUUAAGAGCAAAGAUUUCAGUACAAUACUUGCCUGAAACCAGCCCUUUACAUGAAAAGUUGGCAUGUGAAAAAGGCAGUGUAAGAAGUCUAAUUUUAUUUCCCUUACCAGAGUUUUCCCCAUAAAGUUCCUUUAAACAGCAACUUCUUCUGAUACAAUUACCGGCAACACACAGCUGCCACUAGCCUACCCAGCACCUUUUGCAUUGGAAACAGCCCCCCUUCUCUGGCUGUAAAAGCCCAUCACAGGACACAGGGCAAGCAGGCAGUAGGUUCGAUUCCAGUGACAACUCACCCUCGGUCCCAGGGAAACCAGGAUGGCUAGUCCACCUGUCUGCAACCCUGUGUCAUCAUUUGAAGUCUCCUGUGUACAGGGUUUUCUGUAUUGCUUCAGGGAGCUCCCAGAUGACGCCUCGUCAAGAAUUCCUGCUGGACAGUGAGGUUCGGUUGCCCUAGAAAUCCUGAGGGUGCGCUAUGUCAUUCUUACGCUCUGGUUCUGAGGCAGUGAAGCGGUUCAGGAAAAGGAACAGGCAGUUUGGUUAUUGCUCACCUUCAAACAGGUGACUUCCUUUGUUACCUGUGGAGCGGGAGCACAGCCAGACGCCCCUCCACAGAUCUGGCCUUUUGCACUUGCCGUGACUCAGUCGGGUUCAGAACAAGAACAUCUGGACGUUGUGAGAGGACUGUCUGCCCAGAUACAGGCACCCUGCACAUGCUAGGUAGAUCUUUGUAGUUUUGAACCUCUUAAAAGUUAGGAUUAAGAAAAGGAAAGAAGUCCUACAGGCUGUCCAGCUUCUCUCUGCAGGCUCCAUUCCUUUCUGAUACAAAAGCUAAGUUAAAGAUUGCAGGGGAGAGCUCAGAAAUGCAGGAGUAGUCAGGGAAAGGCUAAAGGCUCUGCCUUAUCUUCUAGGCUUUCAGCUGCUUGAAGCUGACCCGAGUGCUUGCCUCUGAGUUCUCUGAGCCACAUGCCAGGCUCCUGUGCCUUCUUGCUGUGAGCCACAUUCCCUGGAGCUUUGUCCCCACAGCCAGGCUGACUUCACACAGUUCACAAGCUAGUGCCCUAAGCCGACACUGGACAGUAGUCCCCUUUAUGUGUCAGUGGUAAAAAGGCAAAGGAUCCACCAAAAGAAAGAUUUUUCUCCGGCAUCUAAGAAGUCAUUAAAAAGGAUAAAGCCCAAAUUAAUAAUGGAUCUGUUUAAAAUAAGCAUUCCAGAGAUGGCAGGAAGGAACAAGUGUCAAUUACGGUCUUUUCUCCCUGUUGUCUGAAACCAUGUAUAGAUGAAAACCACUUUUUCAACUCACUCACAGAGUGCUUAUGUGCAGAAUACAGAAUCCAACAGCUUAUCCAGCUGGGCAGGGUGGCGUUCCAAGCCCAUCCCAGACAGCUUGCCUCAGUCCUCCUUUGUACCUAGAAAAGCCAGUUCUCAACUUCGGCGUGUUCACAAGCUGCUAAGGGGGGACAUCUUCUCCAGCUGUGCUCUGAGGUUACCUGCACAGUACCUGGGGAGUGAGGGGGUAAACCACACAACGUAGGGCCAGCAGUACCAGUGAGCCUCUUCCUGCUGUCCUUCCUAGAGACUGCGGUACAGGCACCGACGACCUGGCAGUUUUUGGCUGCGGGUGCUUCGAGCCAGGAUCUGGUUGGUGCACACGUCUGAGAGACCCAGUCAGUGGCCGAACCCUUGGUAGGCCUAUGUGCCUGGCAUGGUGCUGGCUUCUCCUUGGCUUGCUUCAGGGAAGGAAAGCACUUCCCAGCAGAUGCUGAACCCCACCGAAAGCUCUCAGUUCAGCCCCAGCCCUUGGAACUUGGCAGUGUCUGUGCAGACGAAGUAAGUCGUCAGUUCGCCCUUGCCUUUGACGUUAAUCAGUCCGCGGCACUCACAGGAGUAGCCCAGUCCCUGCAGGAUGGUGCAUGUCUCCUCAGUAACCUGAAAAGGAAAGAGGCCAGAAGGAAGCAUGGGGGCAGGGGAGGACUGAUAGAAACUGGCCAGCUCAGCUUUCCCCAGCAACUGUGCAGCUACAGUCACCAGCUGACCGGUGGCAGAGCUAGGCUGUCAGCCCCAUCCCCUCACCUCCGGCAAGUUCUCUCUCCCCCUUGGUUACCUGGAUUUUCCCAAGUUCCCCAGUGCUCUCCAUUCGGCUGGCAACAUUGACCGUGUUUCCCCAGAUGUCAUACUGAGGUUUCCGCGCCCCGAUCACCCCAGCAAUCACGGGCCCAUGGUUUAUGCCUAAGGAGGAGGUUGACGGUUAGCCUGGCACACAGGCAGAGCCAUGGGCUUUGCCCCUUAGAGAGGCCCCAGAAUCCAUGCCCACCACAGAAAGCGCUAACUACCAGGCAUGGAAUGCAGGGCCGGCUGGGUAGUGCUGCCCAAGUGUGCGGCCUGAGGUGUUACCUGAGAAGUGAGCAAGGCAUUCAUUCCCUGGGCAGCUCUAAGAUCUUCCAGGUGUGAAGGAGGUCUGGGUUUGGUGUUAACACUUCUAGUAUCUGCUUAUCUCCCUCUUAAAGAAUAAAUGGGCUGUGAGCGCCAGGCCUUUCAGCCAACAGGCACUGCUAGUCAGAUUUCAUAACUUCGUCUCGUUCUCAGUGUGUUCUAAGGUCACCUGUUCAUAGCGGCGGUUUUGGUUCUCCACUUUCUGUAGUGCUAUCUUACUUAAAAAUUUCAAAGGUAGCUUUCUAAGUGCUAUGCAAAGAAAACCGGAAGAACCAUCCAGCUGCCGGGGUUUUAAGAUGAGGUGAGGGGUGUCUGAAAAUGUCCGAAAUCGAUGACAAAGCACAGGUUCGGCAGCCAGACCCGGGCACAGGCUUGCCUGGAAGCAGCGGCCAGGGCUGCGCAGCCUCCCCCCAGAGCCUCACCGACACGGAGGCGGAAGGAGUUGAAGGAGUGCCUGUUGAUGCCGUCCAGCUUGCUCAUCAGGGCGAGGCUGAACUCCACCAUGAUGCCGAUCUGGGCGUGCUGCCGCUCCAGGUCCUGCGGGACACAGUCUGUGCACUUGGGGCCGUGGGACAUCACCCCAUCUUCCUGCCCGGGCUGGCUGUGUGUGAGGUCGCAGCCCAGAGCCCUGACCUGGAGCGUUGCCGCACCACCACCAGCAUGAAAGCCAUUGCAAGGGACCAGGACCUCCUCCCCUCUGGGUGUCCCCUCAAGAGCACCUGUGACCCCAGAAGGCAGCUCUCGGGGGUCUCGCCUGCCGCCACCACCACCAAAACUCUCCCAGCUGAGCCAUCCAAGUUCCUGUGCCCCCCACAUAGGAUGGGAGAUCGGGAGGUGCUCCCUUUAAAUACAGGGACAGGUCGGGGGGGCUCUCAGGUGAGGUUGAGACCCUGCUGCCCCAGGUACCUGGUUCUCAUGCCCUGAGGUGACGCUGAGCCCCGCUGCUGCCAUGUAUGUGCUGCCGAUGGUCUUGAUCUUCUCCACCCCACUGAACUUGGGCUUUAACAGCAGCU